GCUCUUCACCUCAUCAAGGAAAUGGACCAGGAUGGAGAUGGGCAGAUCUCAGAGGCUGAAGUUUUGAAAAAUCAAGAAACAUUCAUGAACAGUGAAGUGACAGACUAUGGCAGACAGCUACACAUAUCACACGAUGAAUUAUAACUAUAUGUUUAUUGUAGAGUUUUCUCAUUUGUUUCCAAAUGGCCUAAUGUUGUUUAUUUCCUGUGUUUUACAUUGACAUUAGUCAUGGGAGGGCAGACCUUUUCUGUCUGUGAUCAAUUUGCAAUAAUAAAUGACAAGAACAAAAAAACCCAUAUCUUGCAACAUCAAAUGAUGCAUUAAUAUUAUAAGUCAAGAUGUCCACAGUGGUGUUUCAUCACUUCGCUGACUCAACAAACUCUGAACACCAGAUCCACAAAAUAAUGUGUGUUGUCGGGCUGUUAAAUUGGAUUGUAUAAUAUUAUAACUAACUGCAACUUGUAUAAAUCCCUCAAGAACAGGGAGGUUAAUCUGCAAAUAUUUUUUUAAGGACAUUUCAUAACCAAAAUACAUAAAACAGUCCUACAAUUAGAGAAGGGAUUUGUUGAGUUGCUGCUGUGUAUCACUGUUACACGUCUUUUCACAUUUGUCAAAUCUGGGCUGAGCUGAUUAUCACUUCAGCUUUGGUAACUUCUGACAUGUUGAAACUCUUCCUCAUUUAAAUCAAAUGAGCAAGCGAGUGAGUGUUGCUGUUUGAAGGCUGGUUUCCUGAAUGUGUCAUGAUCUGUUUCGCAUGCAUCAAGCAACAGCCUGUUGUGGUGCUUGGCAUUGUAACGUGAUUUAAAGUUGAGGGGAUUCUUCUACAAGGACUGCUUUACAGAACCACUAAGAUGGCAUUACAGUUUCAAGAUGCCUUUUGGGGAGUGGAUUACAUCAGUAAUACUGGGUAUGAGACUGUUAUUCAGAGACUUAACGAUGGGCGACGGACAUGCAAAGACAUGGAGGAGCUCUUGAAAAUGAGAGCAUCUGCAGAGGAGAAAUAUGGCAAGGAACUGGUCGCCAUCGCCCGCAAAGCUGGGGGCUUAUAUGAGAUCUGCACUUUGAGAGCAUCUUUUGAUGAAAUGAAAACACAAAUGGAAAACAUAGGAAACCUGCACAUUUACCUUUCUGGACUUCUGAAGGAGGAGGUGAAGAGAAUGGAACAGUUCAGAGAGCGACAGAAAGAGCAGAGGAAAAAGUUUGAAGCGACCAUGGAGAAGGCCCAAAAGACAAAAGUCUCCCUCUACAAGAAAACAAUAGAAUCUAAAAAAACCUAUGAGCAGCGCUGCAGAGAAGCAGAUGACACAGAGCAAAUGGCUGAAAAGAUGGGUAACACUCAAAAUGUCACUCCCAAACAGACUGAAAAGCUAAACAACAAAGCUAAACAGUCGAGAGAAGCUGCACAGGAGGCUGAGAAACAGUACAAAUCAAACAUCGAACAGCUUGAAAUGGUCCGUCAAGAAUGGGAAUCAACACACAUUAACAUAUGUGAGAUGUUUCAACAGCAGGAAGGAGACCGCAUCAACAUACUAAGGAAUGCUUUGUGGGUGCACUGUAACCAUCUAUCAAUGCAGAGCGUGAAAGAUGACGAGUGUUACGAGAAUGUGAGGAAAAUACUGGAAGAGUGUGACAUCAUCGCAGACAACAACCAUUUUGUCGAGAGUAAACGCACUGGUUCAACCCCCCCAGAUCCAAUUGUAUUCCAAGAUUACUAUGAGAGGGAUGCUACAGCUGACAGCAAUGGCACUGCUGGAAUCGCAGGAGUCAUGAAAAAAUUUUCAAAUCUUCUGCAGGGGAACUGUUCCAGUGGCUCCAAAAUGUCGAUCAAUGAGCCAGCUGCACACCCUAUUGCCGACACAUCAGGAGUAUAUGCUACCGUUCCUCAAGUUCAAGUGUCCCAGACGAGCACUGAUGAAUACAAAGCCAUGUAUGACUACGUGGCACAGGGCCAUGAUGAGCUUUCUCUGUCGUUUGGGGACGUUGUGGUUGUUAUAGACCAAGGUCAGGAUGGUUGGUGGAUGGUGCAUAGAAACGGCCUUACAGGACUGGUUCCAGGCUCUUACCUUGCCAAAGAAUGAGUUUACCUGACCACCAUAUCGCGACUACAGUUCCUCAUGUAAUAUUUUGCCUUGCCAUUUACUUACAGCUUAAUUUUAUCACUUGCUCAUAUUUGCGUUACAUACAUCCUUUAAAGCGCUUGUGUAGGAUUUAAUAAUGUGUAAUUUGGUGUCCCCUAGUGGGAGACAUGAUAGCAGAGAGUGAUGCAUGUCAUUAACACCCCAUAAAUUUGACCCUGAAACCCCUCAGAAUAAAAGGUUGACACCAUUAAACAGAUAAAUACAUUUUUACAACCUAUGCAAUAAAAACACUCGAACAUAAAAUCCUACAAACAAGGGCUUUCAGAAUGAGACAGUGUUGAACUGUGUAUAAUGUAUUGUUAUGGCACAUUCACAUUACUGUGCCCUUAGUGCUGUUGUGUUGAGUGCUCCUCAUACCGGUAACAGCUGGGAGAUAUACUGGUCUCUCGCACAAGGUCACUGCA